CCUGCAGGACCAGCUUCUAGAAGCUCAUUGCGGUGCCGUUGGUCCUGACUGCGGGUGCUGAUGCAGUUUCUGCAAGACCAUAAGCUGAAUGCUGGGAACCCUUGAUACUUUGCUGUCCCUAGUGCCUGUCUGUGGACUGUGCUGUUAAUUCACCUAGAGUCUAAAGGGGACUGUGUUCCUGCUGGUGAUACACAUUACAGCUCUAGUACCUUGAACGAGAUGACAGCCAUCUCCCCAGACCCUCAAACUCUGGCCUUAAGUGAACCAACCAAGGUCCUAAGAAUGGAUACUCCUGGGGAUCAAGAAGCUGUCCAGAGAGGAGACAUGACUGACCCAGAGACUUUAAGACAGAGGUUCAGGUGGUUUUGUUACUCGGAAGUGGCUGGACCCAGAAAAGUCCUGAAUCAACUCUGGGAGCUCUGCAUUCAGUGGCUGAGACCAGACAUCCACACGAAAGAACAGAUAUUAGAGCUUUUGGUGUUUGAGCAAUUCCUGACCAUUUUGCCUGGGGAGCUCAGGAUUUGGGUAAAGUCACAACAUCCUGAGAGUAGUGAGGAAGUGGUGACCCUCAUAGAGGAUUUGACCCAAACACUUGAAGAAAAGGAAGAUCCAGCUUCUCAAGAGUCUGUUGUUUCCCAAGAAGAGAACCCGGAAGAAAAUAAAAUGGUUUCUGUCCUUCCAAGCGCUGAGUCCCGGGAAUCCAUAACAUUCAAGGAUGUGGCUGUGAGCUUUUCCAGAGGAGAGUGGAGGAGACUGGAGCCUUUUCAGAAGGAGCUCUUUAAGGAAGUGCUACUGGAAAACUUUAGGAACCUAGAAUUUCUGGGCUUUGCAGUUUCCACAUUAGAUUUGAUUUCCCAAUUUAAGUGGGUUGAACUGCCAUGGCUGCUGGAAAAAGAAGUCUCAAAAGGCUCCAGACCAGAGUGUGAACCUAGAGGUGAAUUGAAGGAAUCCUUUGGAAAUCAAGAUACUCUCCUGGAUGAAUCAACUUUAAAUAAAAUAAUAGAAAGAUGCCUAAUGGGUGGGGAUCAUGGCUUGACGGGAGAAUCCCGGAAGCGUAGCAGUAAGGAACAUUCACAAGUCGCAGUCACACAAAAGAAAACUCAUGGGAGAGGCAGUAAGGGUGAGGAAUUUGACCCAGAAAAGAGCCCAUUUGGAAGUAAUUUCAGACAAACUUCAGACAUCAUUAAACAUCUGAGAGUCUACUUAAGGAAGAAAUCUCGGAAGUAUAAUGAAUGCAAGAAACCCUUCAGUUUUCAUUCAGACCUUAUGAACCGCAAAGAACACACUGGAGAAAAGCCCCGGAAAUGUAAUGAAGGCAGGAAAGGCCUAGGUCACUCUUCAUCUCUUACUGAACAUCCAAAACAUCAGAAAAUAGGGAAGAAUUUGGGGAGGAAGGCCCAGAAAUGCAGUAACUGUGGGAUAGCCUUUACACGAUGCUUGUCCCUUUAUAGGAAAAGAAAGUGCAGUAUAUGUGAAAAAUGUUGGAAAAAUUUACAUCAAGAUGCAACCUCAGAUAAAGAUGAGGCAGCUGAGGUGGGAGAGAAAACCCACAAAUGUAGCAAAUGUGGAAAAGCCUUCGGCUAUAGUGCCUCCCUCACCAAACAUAGUCGAAUUCACACAGGGGAAAAACCCUAUAUGUGCAACGAAUGUGGAAAAGCUUUCAGUGACAGUUCAUCCCUCACGCCACAUCAUAGAACUCAUAGUGGAGAGAAACCCUACAAAUGUGAUGAUUGUGGAAAAACUUUCACCCUGAGUGCCCACCUCAUUAAACACCAGAGAGUUCAUACUGGAGAAAAACCCUACAAAUGUAAAGAAUGUGGGAGACCCUUCAGCGACAGUUCAUCUCUUAUUCAACAUCAGCGAAUUCAUACUGGAGAAAAACCCUACACGUGUAACAAUUGUGGAAAGUCCUUCAGUCACAGCUCAUCCCUUUCCAAGCAUCAGAGGAUUCAUACUGGAGAGAAACCCUAUAAAUGUGGUGAAUGUGGAAAAGCCUUUAGACAGAAUUCUUGCCUUACUCGACAUCAGAGAAUCCACACUGGAGAAAAACCCUAUUUGUGCAAUGACUGUGGGAUGACUUUCAGCCAUUUUACAUCUGUCAUUUAUCAUCAGAGGCUUCAUUCGGGAGAGAAACCCUACAAGUGUACCCAGUGUGAGAAAGCCUUCCCUACCCAUUCGCUCCUCAGUCGUCAUCAGAGAAUUCAUACUGGCGUAAAACCUUAUAAGUGUAAAGAGUGUGGAAAAUCAUUCAGUCAGAGUUCAUCUCUCAAUGAACAUCAUCGAAUUCAUACUGGAGAGAAGCCCUAUGAAUGUGACUACUGCGGAGCAACCUUCAGCCGGAGCUCAAUCCUGGUGGAACAUCUAAAGAUCCAUACCGGAAGGAGAGAAUAUGAAUGUAACGAAUGUGAAAAGACAUUUAAGAGUAACUCAGGCCUCAUCAGACAUCGGGGAUUUCACUCUGGAGAGUAAUUCUUGAAAUACUGUAAGGGGGUGGGGGGAGGCGAGGGGGGUGGAAUCUCACGAAAUUAUCCCUUAUUAUAAAUCUGGGGUGUAAACUACCACAGCAUUGAUCUGCAGCCACAACUUUGAUGGGUUGGCAGCUAGGAAAAUACUUUUUCCCAUGCACACUUCUUUAGCAAAUCAUAAUUGGGGUUGGUAAAGUCACACUGAAAGUGAAGAACGCAGGACAACAUGACUAAUAAUUCUAAAAGGCCAAAUGUAAAUGUAAAAAGAAGAGGUGCACGGGACCCACUUUUUUUUUCCCCAAGAAGUUUCUCUCUCUUAGGUUCUAGCAAGAACUGGUUGAGUUCUGUUUCAGUUUGUCAACCAGUUUGCUAUGUCACCGUGGGGCGCAUCAUUUGCCCUUUCUUAAUUUGUUUCUUUAUUGGUAAAAUGAAUGGACUGGGUUUCAUGAUUUCUAAGUUUACCUGUAAUCCUGUCUGAAGCUGUGGGAAUAAGCUUAACACUUGAUUCAUUGGAAUUUUCAAGUUUCUGUGGUAGGAUUACUCACUUAAGAUCCUGAGCUUCUAGCUUAGUGAGAAUGAAGUACACUCUUUGAAUACUUGAAUACAUUGGAAUUUUCAAGUUUCUGUGCUAGGAAAUUACUCACUUAAGAUCUAGCUUCUAGCUUAGUGAGAAUGAAAUCUACUCGUUGAAUAUUUGACGCCGAAUCCCGAUUAUCUGCAGGAACAAGUCAGUGAAGCUCACACAAGUGUGUCUUCAGGAAGUGCUUUAAUUGGACAAAGUACCCCAACCUGUUUUUUCCUCUGGGCUUUGCGUAAGGGGCUUAGGAAUCUUGAGGACGUUCAUUGGAGCCAUCUCAGCCAAGGGAGUCCUAGGAAAAUAGGUUGGGGCUGGGGGGGGGGGGGGUAGGAAAGGAAACGGGUGCUGAAAGCAGAGCUAUUCUGGAUGAAUUGUCUUUUGCAAAAUAGAAUUAUAUUUUUUUAAAAGUUUGCUCAAAGUAAGUACAGCUCCUUGUAAUUGGAGUGCAAACAUUGUGUAUGGCAAAGGUCGCAAGCUAAGAAUGGGCCAUUUGAUAUGUUUUAGUUGACCUGCACAGUAAGAGGUGUGUGUAUGUGUGUUUGUGGAGUUGUCCCCAUUUAAAAUUUAGAUUUUAUAUUUUUAAGAAAAUGCUUGCCUUGAAAAAUUGCAAGGGCUGACCACACUGGCCCAUGUUUCAGUGGGAGUAGUCAGCUUGCUGCCUUUACAUGGGGAAUCCACUCUUCUACUUGUCAAGUUCUCUCAUUGAUAGGACCUGACUUCCUCCAUAUAGGAACAUGAUGUUAUGUUCCCCUACCAUCUGGAAAACGCAUAUUCUAACAUCUAAAGGGACUCUAUUGAGUCUUGAACUCAAGAAAAGAAUGUAGAAAUCCCACAAAAUAUCUUUUCAGUUACAUUUUUUUGUUGAAAUUAGACCUGAAAGAAAUAGAGUGUGCAGAUAUUAGUUGAUCAUUCUUUAGAAAUUUCAUUGGUGGAGUGUGAAGAAGAAUUUCUAACUGAAAAAGCAACACCCUAAGUCAGUUACUGAGUUAGGUCUCAAGUGAUAGGGUUCUGCAGGUGCCCUACUGAUUGAACAGUGGCACCAAAAAGUUCCUCAAGUUGAAAUUUGAGGCAGCUGUUACAUGAAAGAGAAUGAAACCAGAAAACUUAACGGCUUAUGGAAGAUCUUUCAUGCUUAUUGGAGACUCAGCAAUAUUUGCUGUGAUUUAAUGGGUGUGGGUUAGCAUUGCUACCUCUGGAUAAUUCUUUUGAUUUCUUCCUGUACCCCAACUCUCCCCACCCCCAAGCUUGUAGUUCAGAUACUGUUGAAUGGUGAAUUGAUCUGCAUAAUUUGUUGCUCAGUGGACCAACCAGAGACAUUCUAGCCAUGAAAGGAAUAUCGUUUAUGAGAAACAUUCAUCAUGGUCUAAACGUUUUUUUUGUGAAGAUGGAUAAACCCUGGUUUCUUUUUUCAGAAAGAUACAAUGUGUAAAGGGAAGUAUGUAAAAAUCUUGAGAAGAGGGUUGUUUCAAAAUGUUUACUAGUGCAUUCUCCAGCAUUCAUAAGAGGAUGUUUUAUAGCAUUAUUAGUUGGGAAUCUGGGACAUAGUUUUUUUUAACAAGUUUAUUGGGGUGUAAGUUACAUCUAAAAAUUUCAAGGGUACAAUUGAGUGAGCUUUGGCAGAUUCGCUGAGUUGUGCAAUCAUCACCAUAAUCCAUUUUUAGAACAUUUUAUAACCUUGGCUCCCUCGUGCCCACUUGCAGUUAAUCCCUGUCCCUGCCCUUAGCCCCAGGCAGCCGGUCAUCAGUGUACGCUGUUUGUAUAGAAUUGAUUUUUCUGGACAUUUUAUACAAAUGAGGUCGUAUGCAGUCUUUUGUUUUCCAUUAACAUGUUUCUGAUUUUAUAUUAUAGUAUAUCAGCCUGUUAUUUUUAUUAUUAAAUAAACCCUAUUUUAUGGGUACACCCUAUUUUGUCCAUUCACCAGUUGAAGGACAUUUGGGUUGUUUACAAUUUUUGGCUGUUAAAAAUAAUGCUGCUUUGAACAUUGAUGUGUAAGACUUUCUGUGGACAUGUUUUCUAGAUGCCUGAGUGACUGACUCAUCUGGUAAGUUUUUUGUUUUUUUUAUAAGAAAUUGCCAAAUUGUUUUCUCAAGUAAGUACAUAAUGUUACAUUCUGAGCAGCACUGUAUGGUCCCCUAUAAUCUGGGAAAUAUAGAUCCUAAAAUCUAAAGAGAUUGACAGUAAAAUUUAGGAAAAGAAUGUAAACAUCAUAUAGAGUAACUCUUCAGUUAAGUUUUCUUUGUGAAAUUACACUUCAGAGGAAUAGAGUGUGUAGAUAUUAGUGGAUUUCUUUCUUAAGAAUUUCAUUGGCAGAGUCUGAAUAAUAAUUUGUAACUGAUGAGGCAGCAAAAGCCCUGAGGUCUGACAGGUACCUCUACAUCCUCAUAACCCUUGUUACAGUGUCCUUUUUUUUGUUUCUGUUUUUAAUGUUUUUAUUUAUUUUUGAGGUAGAGAGAGACAGCAUGAGCAGGGGAGGGUCAGAGAGCGAAGGAGCCACAAUUCUGGAUGCCAUUAAGAACAUCUGGGGAGAACUGACAGUAGGGACUCUAUUUCACAUCACUAACAAGAGUCAAAAUGGUGGAAACAACCCAAAUGUCUGUGGAUGGACGAAUAAACAAAAUAUAGCACAUCCAUACAAUGGAGUAUUAUUCAGUGACACAUACUGUAUCACGAAUCUCAAAAACGUGCUAAGUGAAAGAACUCAGCUUUCAGAGAAUUGAGGGGACUUAGGGCCUUGCUCUGGAUUAGGCUUUGGCUCAAAGGAAUGUGAUUGGUUUGAUCUCCAAAUCGCAAUAAAGCCGCCUUGCUUUCUGAUCAUUCACAUACUCACAGGAGCAGGGCUUUUCAUUUCCUUCAGAAACGUUUCCAUUGCAUUCACAACUUGGCUGCCCGGUGCAAGAGGCCUAGCUCUUGAUGGAAAGUGAGAAAUGUGUGACUCUUCCUUUCAGUUGAGCACUUACAAGUCACUAGAGGGUUAUUCAUUGGCCUAAUUUCAGUAUUGUUGUGUCUCAGGGAAUAAGGAGGCUGGAGGAGAGGGAGGGGGCCGGGGGGUCGAUAGAGCAGUCAGAAACAGGCACGUUUAUCAUUUGAGUUUGUUGUCUUAUGUGGGUGUGGUUUGUGGCACCCCAGGACAAUUGUAUUAGUAACAUCAAGGAUCACUGAACAUAGUUUAUACCAUAACAGCUAUAAUAAUCAUGGGAAGGUUUACAAUUUUGUGAGAUUUCCCAAAAUGUGGCACAUAAAGUGCCAAAGCAAAUGCUGUUGGAAAAAUGGUGUCAGUAGACUCGCUCAACACAAGGUUGCCACAGACCUUCAGUCUGUAAAACCAACAAACAAAAAACACCACAUGCUAUCUGUGAGGCACAAUUAAAUGAGAUACGCCUAGGUUCAUUUUCACAAAUGCUACAUUUAUUAAUGCUUCAUAUAUACAGUGCACUUUAAGAGAUGAGAUGAAUAAUAAAUAUUCGCCAGAAUAUUCCUGCAGAAAUCCAGUCGUGUGUAAGACUGAUGGGUGUUGGAGGGGAGGUAGGAUGCACGUCAACAGUGUGGUUGCAAUUAACAACAAAAAGGAAUUGUGUUCAGUACUAAACAGAGCAUGUGGGAGCGCCCAGGAAGGUGGCGCUGACGCUUGGGCAUAGGAGUCUCGUGUGCGCCUUGCUGCCACAGUGCAGGCCCUGAAUUGUAAAGACCUUUUUUUCCAGCCCUGGUAAGGAGUUUGUGUUUUGUUACCAGGGCAGUGCAGAACUAUUGGAGGCUCUUCACGUGUGCGUGUUUGCUAAUAGAGAAAUUCUAUUUUUGCUGUGUUUUUGUUUUGUGUUUUCCUCAGAAUUGUUUCUCCAGUGUGGAACUGCUUGACACAAAGAGAAACAUUUUAAGAUUCUGAAAAUACACUGUCAAAUUGUUGUCCGUAAAGGAUAGCACAUUCGUAGGGUCUCUCCCUAUGAGAAAUAUGGAUGUCUCUGUAGAUCUAAGGGAACUUUUUCCCAAACCAGGGCACUUGUGAAAUGUCUCUCCUGAGUUAAUCUGAUGCUUAGUAAGUUGCAAAUUACUAGCAAAGUAAUUUUUUCCAAUAUUUUCUACCUGAGAACAUUGGUGAGAUCUCCCUGCUGGGCUCUCUCACAGGUUCUAAGGUUGAGAGAUUCUUUCAGGUUAGAGUCCUCAGGUGUCUCUCCCUGUAGAGUGGUCCUAAUAAUUUACAAGCUUUGGUAAAUAUCUGUAGCUCUUUGGGGGGGGGGUGUCAUUGGUGUUCAAGAUGUUAGUCAAGGUGUCUCCUAUAAAAUGGGACCAAGGAGAGCAUUCACCUCUAAAGUAGUUAUUAAUUGGAUGCGUAGUCCUUGACUUUUUCUCUUUGAAGAAUCUUCAUUUUUCUCACUGGAUUUGCCAGCCUCAUCAGAACCUUUCUUUAGAUCCCAAAACGUCUUUAAGGCCGUUGUUCUAAAGGUUUUGUCUAGCAAGUGUGACCUCAGGGCUUCCUGAGGUACAUUUUCUGUUGGUUUGUUUUAUUCCUUUGAAUGGAUCGUACUUUUUUGGUCCUUUGUAUGCCUUGUGAUUUUUUUGUUGUUGUUGAAAACUCAGCAUUUGAAUCUGAUGGUAUGGUCGCCCUGGAAACCAGGCUUUCCCUCUUUUCAGAGUUGUUUCAGUGUGCCCCUGUGCUGGGGAAGAGUCUGUGGUGAAUGCUCAAACUUUUCUCAGCUCUCUCUUGACUUGUGUUUCCCUGGGCCGAGUCUGUGGUAUUCUACGUUCUCCCAUGUAUCAGUUGUUUUGGUCAGUGUCCAAAAAAACAACCCAGAUCCUGUCGCUUAAUCGUCUGAAAGCUGCUCGAGCCCGCAGGGGUGGGGAGAAUGGUGGUUGACUUCUGUGCUCUUCCUUCGCGAUCAGAAGCGGCCACCCACGGUCAGAACCCAGAACUUCAAUAUUUAGAGACAGAGGUUUCUAUUGCUUUCUCUGGCCCCACCAAGCCCAGCUACAGAUGUGGGUUUCGUCUCCACAGCUGCCUACCCCUGGGCUGGCCAGUAGAGAGUGAGUGGCUCCUACUGUCCCGAAAGCCAGAAUCUACCACUAAUCAUUGCCGUUUACCAGUCAAGAGUUCCCCUGGGGGCCAUGUUUUAAAACAGACUUGCUCUAUUCCAGAAUAAUCUCUUGAUAUCUUCUCCCAGUACAAUUGUUGUUUACAUGGAGAGAUUGAUUCCUGGCUCUUCUCCGCCAUCUUCCCUCAUAUCACUUGCAUCAUGCCUUUGAUCUUCAUCUUGCUUUCUGGAAAUUUUUUUUAGUUUUAUCUUCCAACUCUACUACUGAAUGUUUUGAAUGCUUUAUUUCUGUUGUCACAUUUAUAAUUCUAACUGCAUUUUCUGAUUCUCUGUCCCUUUAUUAUUUCAUGGGUGAAUUUUUUUUUCUCGGAGAAUGCUAAUAUAGUGUCUUUAUUCCAUGUUCUUCUGCUUCCUGCCUUAUCUGUCUUUCCUCUGAGUUGUUUUUUCCCUGUUCUCUCUCUUUCACAUUGGAGGCUUUCCUCAAAUGUCUGGCCAGCUUUGACUGUCUAUUCACAUUUAAGAAGACGGCUCUAAAGAGCUGACUGGAAGUUACUUCAUUUAGUGCAGCACUGUCCAGUAGCAUACUGUGAGCCACAUACAUAAUUUCAAAUUUUCUCAUAGCUACUUCUAAAAAGCAAAGCAGAUGAGGUGAACAAUAUAUUUUAGAGACAUACUAUUUUUUGCAUUGUCUCCAGAAGCCAAUGUAUAUUGUAUAAAAGUUGCAGGACAUCUUGAUUCAUAUACUAAAUUUUCCUUUGAAGUACUUGAUCCAUAUUUAGAUUUAUAAAACUUGAAGAGUAGAUUCACCUACUUCUUCCAAACAUUAUCUUGUUAAUAUAAAUGUACUUAAAGUUUUCUAAUAACUGGAUCAAAUAUCAAAAAAAUUACUUUGAUAUUUGCAUCCACAUUGAUGAAACUGUUCAUCAUUUUAUUGGAAGGAUUGAUUUGAUUUUGAAGCACAAGCAUAUCAUUUUGAAAAUUACUUAAGUAAAUUCAUUACUUAUGAAUUUGUAGAUCUUGUGUCCACUCAGUAUUACUAACAUCAAAUUUGGCAAAAUAUUGUAUAAAAUGGAAACAAAACUAAAUUUAUGCAAUCAACAAACCAUUCUUCACAUUUGUCUUUUGUUUUUUGGCAGUCAGCUGAUACAAAAUACUAUUGAUUACAUUUAAAAUUUACAUAUUGACCAAUGUUAGAAAAAUGUGUAAAAUUGUCAUUUUUUAUUUGUAUUAUGAAAUGUUUCAAUUUUAACUAAAUUAUUUUACCUACGUAGGUACAACUUCUUCCUGUUCUAAGGAGCUUCAGAUUUAGCUUAUUCACAUGCAGUGUUCUGUUAAGGAGAAAUAUGAAUCACACUGCCACUUUUUGUCCGUGAUUAUUGAGUAUGGAGCAUUCCUUUCAUUUUAAGAAAUCUUAAAUUGGAAUUCCUAAUACAGGAAGUCUUUGUAAAAAUUAUUAUCUAACUCAACCAAGGAACGUUGGUAGAGAACACAAGAUCAUUAAAAACAUUAUCCUCAUCAAUUCCAUAACCUGGCAAUGAUAAUUUUAUAGUAUUUGCACAUUAUAUACUGAAGAAUUUUAACAUCUGUAUUCUUGACUCUUUUCAGAGUCUGCUUGAGAAAACUGAACACAAAUAUUUUCAAUAGUUAUCUGGCAAUGGAACAAAGCAAUGAGGAAACAUCAUUCUCUUGCUUUAAAACUCUAAUACAGCUCGUCUUUUUACUUAACAUAACUGGAGUCUCAUUCUUAUGAUAGAACUCAUUUUUCUAUCUCCAACUGAAACUCUUCUUUGACAGAUAGAAAAAUGUCAAAAAUACCUGUCACGAGUUUGAGUUUUUAGGCUGUGAAUCGACAUUUCUUUGUAAAUUUGGAUGUUCUUUGAGACAGAAUGUACCAGAUUUUCAACGGGCACUGUCUUAUACUACACGACUCAUCCAAAGCUAAAAGUAAAUACUUGGAACUUUUCAAACUUUAAAUCAAUUGAUCUUUGAUAGUAUUAGACAGUUCUUGUAUUCUAUGAGCAACUUUGUUUAGAAAGUUAAUUGAAAUUUCAAUUUUUGUAAAUGUCUUUUUAAGUCUUUCUCAUAGUUUUCUAUCUAAAUUACCAUAACUAACAAUUUCUUUUUAUCGUCUCUCCAUCUAAGAUUCUUCGUGUAUGUGUUAAAGAAUUCAACUAUUGUAUAGCCGGCCAAGUUUACCAGUUCAAAAUCUUGUUGAAAACUGUUUCCAUUUUUUUUGAUGAAAAGUGCUCAUUUCAUAUAACUAAUUUUGUGGAUUUUUUUACUGUUAGAAUACUUAAUCAAACUCACCAGAUUGUUGCUGAAAAUGACAAAUAUUAGCUAUUAUCGUAAAUACUGUCUACUGUAUCUAACACAUUUGUAUACAACGAACAGCCUUUUCAUUUUGCUGUGCCUGCUGUAAGUUGCAGUGGCCAUUCAUCAUUGAAUGUGCACUAUACCCUCUUCCCCUUCUGUCUUUACUGUACUAGUUGUAGUACUAGCUUCUGUAUUGCACUGAAUUCUGCCUCAAUAACAUGCCUUCAUUUUAAAAUUUAAAUAUUUUCCCCUAUUUUUUUAUCUAGAAAAUAGUUAUAAUUAAAAUAGUAUCUCGGUCGGUGGUUAGGGUUUGCAUAGGUGUCGUCACUGUGCUGUCUGCAUAGGUACGCUUUACCGUGCGCUAGCUACACAAGAUACCCAAGUAAAUACAUUGUGAUGCUACUUCAGUGCAUACAAGAAAAUCAUCUGAACUGAAUCAAUCUGUUGAUCACUGUCUAGAUUGGUGAAGUGUUUAUCUGUAAUACUAGAAAUAAUGCACGUUCCUGUACAAGCAUUACAGUACAACCACAUCCUAUGCGAUGCAACAGUUAAAGUGAAUUGUAGUUCUACAAAAACAAUAAAGUUGUGUUCAGUGGAAAACA